AUGGCAAGUUUUGAAAGCACUGAAGAGAUGCAAGAAAUGGAUCAGAGAAAUGGGACACCACAAGAACAAUUGUCUAACAUCAGAAAACAAGCUGUUGGAUGUGUUGAGAUAUUCCGCUUUGCUGAUGGGCUGGACAUCACCCUCAUGAUCCUGGGGGGACUCGCAUCACUGGUCAACGGGGCCUGUCUUCCUCUGAUGUCGCUGGUUUUAGGAGAAGUGAGUGAUCACCUUGUUAGUGGAUGUCUAGUCCAAACCAAUGCAACAAAUUAUCAGAACUGUACUAAGUCUCAAGAGAAGCUGAAUGAAGAUAUGAUUGUGUUGACACUGUAUUAUGUUGGCAUAGGAGGCUCUGCCUUGAUUUUUGGCUACAUGCAGAUUUCCUUUUGGGUUAUGACAGCAGCACGACAGACCAAGAGAAUUCGCCAGCAGUUUUUUCACUCUGUUCUGGCACAAGACAUCAGCUGGUUUGAUGGCUGUGACAUCGGCGAAUUGAACACUCGCAUAACAGAAGACAUCAGCAAAAUCAGCGACGGUAUUGGAGACAAGCUCGCUCUACUGUUUCAAAACAUGUCUACUUUUUCCAUUGGCCUGGCAGUUGGCUUGGUGAAGGGCUGGAAGCUCACUCUGGUGACCCUGUCCACAUCUCCUCUCAUUAUGGCUUCUGCAGCAGCGUGUUCCAGGGUAAUCAUCUCACUGACCAGUAAGGAAUUAAAUGCCUACUCCAAAGCCGGGUCUGUUGCAGAGGAAGUCCUGGCAUCAAUACGAACUGUCAUAGCCUUUGGAGCCCAGGAGAAAGAGAUUCAAAGGUAUACAAACAAUCUAAGAGACGCAAAGGAUGUGGGCAUAAAAAAGGCCAUAGCUUCUAAACUGUCUCUUGGUGCUGUGUACUUCUUCAUGAAUGGAACCUACGGACUUGCCUUCUGGUAUGGGACUUCUCUGAUCCUUAGUGGAGAACCUGGUUACACCAUCGGGACUGUUCUUGCUGUGUUCUUUAGUGUGAUCCACAGCAGUUACUGCAUAGGAGCAGCAGCCCCCCACUUUGAAACUUUCACUGUAGCCCGAGGAGCAGCCUUUACUAUCUUCCAGCUUAUUGAUAAGAAACCCAGUAUAGAUAACUUUUCAACAACUGGAUAUAAACCUGAGUGUAUAGAAGGCACUGUGGAAUUUAAAAAUGUCUCUUUCAAUUAUCCAUCAAGAGCAUCUGUCAAGGUUCUGAGAGGUCUGAAUCUCAAAAUUCGGUCUGGAGAGACGGUCGCCUUGGUUGGCCCCAGCGGCAGUGGGAAGAGCACAGCAGUCCAGCUCCUGCAGAGGCUGUACGAUCCCACUGAGGGCUCUGUCACAGUGGACCAGCGGGACCUGCGCGCCAUGAACGUGCGGUGCUACCGCGAGCACGUCGGGGUGGUCAGCCAAGAGCCUGUCCUGUUCGGGGCCACCAUCAGCGCCAACAUCAAGUACGGACGAGACGGCGUGACCGACUUGGAGAUGGAGACGGCCGCGAAGGCAGCCCACGCUUACGAUUUCAUAAUGGAGCUUCCUCACAAAUUUAAUACCUUGGUAGGGGAAAAAGGAGCUCAGCUGAGCGGAGGGCAGAAACAGAGAAUCGCAAUCGCCCGCGCUUUAGUUCGAAACCCCAAGAUUCUGAUCUUGGAUGAGGCCACGUCUGCUCUGGAUACAGAGAGUGAAGCCGUCGUUCAAGCUGCGCUGGAGAAGGCAAGCAAAGGUCGGACUACAAUCGUGGUAGCUCACCGACUUUCCACUGUCCGAAGUGCAGAUCUGAUUGUGACCAUAAGGGAUGGGACGGUGGUGGAAAGUGGAACGCACGCUGACCUCAUGGCAAAGCAAGGGCUGUACUACGCACUUGCCAUGUCACAGGAUAUUAAAAAAGCUGACGAGCAGCUGGAGUCAAGGCCGUGUUCUUCGGGCAGAAAUGCCAGCCCAGCUCCUCUGUGCUCUACACAUAGCAUCAGGGCAGACAUUACCGAGAGCUCUGAGGACUCCACCCCUGAUAAACAGACAAGUCUUCCCGAAGUUUCUCUAUUAAAAAUUUUUAAAUUAAACAAAUCCGAAUGGCCUUUUGUGGUUCUGGGGACACUGGCUUCUGUUCUCAAUGGAACUGUUCAUCCCAUAUUUUCCAUCAUCUUUGCAAAAAUUAUAACUAUGUUCGAACAUGAUGACAAAACCGCGCUGAAGCAUGAUGCAGAAAUCUAUUCCAUGAUAUUUGUCAUAUUGGGUGUCGUUUGCUUUGUCAGUUAUUUCAUGCAGGGAUUAUUUUUUGGCAGAGCAGGGGAGAAUUUGACCUUGAGAUUACGACACUUGGCAUUUAAAGCUAUGUUGCAUCAGGAUAUUGCCUGGUUUGAUGAUAAGGAAAACAGCACGGGAGCCUUGACAACAAUACUUGCCACAGACAUAGCUCAAAUUCAAGGAGCAAUCGGCUCAAGGAUUGGUGUCUUCACACAAAGUGUAACUAACAUGGGACUGUCAGUUACCAUUUCCUUCCUGUACGGAUGGGAGAUGACACUCCUGAUUUUGAGUAUUGCUCCAGUACUAGCUGUGACGGGAAUGAUUGAAACAGCGGCGAUGACUGGCUUUGCCAACAAAGAUAAGCAAGAACUGAAACGUGCUGGAAAGAUAGCAACGGAAGCAGUGGAGAACAUACGUACUAUCAUAUCAUUGACAAGAGAGAAAGCCUUUGAACAUAUGUAUGAGGAGACGCUUCACACUCAACACAGAAACACCUUGAAGAAGGCACAGAUCAUAGGGAGCUGCUAUGCAUUCAGCCACGCCUUUGUAUACUUUGCCUACGCCGCAGGGUUUCGAUUUGGAGCCUAUUUAAUCCAAGUUGGACGAAUGACCCCAGAGGGCAUGUUCAUAGUCUUCACUGCAAUUGCCUAUGGCGCUAUGGUCAUUGGAGAAACACUUGUUUUGGCACCUGAAUAUUCCAAAGCCAAAUCUGGGGCUGCACAUCUGUUUGCCUUGUUGGAAAAGAAACCAACCAUAGACAGUUACAGUCAAGAAGGGAAGAAACCAGACACAUGUGAAGGGAACUUAGAGUUCCGGGACGUGUCUUUCCUCUACCCCUGUCGCCCAGAUGUCUCCAUCCUUCGUGGCUUGUCCCUCCGUGUCGAGAAAGGCAAGACCGUAGCCUUGGUGGGGAGCAGCGGCAGCGGAAAAAGCACUUCUGUUCAACUUCUGCAGAGAUUCUACGACCCUACAAGAGGACACGUGCUGCUGGAUGGCGUAGAUGCCAGAGAGCUGAACGUGCAGUGGCUCCGGUCCCAAAUAGCGAUCGUCUCCCAGGAGCCCGUGCUCUUCAAUCGCAGCAUAGCAGAGAACAUCGCCUAUGGCGAUCCCGGCCGCGCGGUGCCUUUGGAGGAGAUCAGAGAAGUCGCCCAGGCGGCCGACAUCCACUCUUUCAUUGAAGGCCUCCCUCAGAAAUACAACACACGCAUUGGGCGGAGAGGAACACAGCUUUCUGGAGGUCAGAGACAGAGAAUAGCCAUUGCAAGGGCUCUUCUCCGGAAACCAAAAGUUUUGCUGUUGGAUGAGGCCACCUCAGCCCUUGACAAUGAGAGCGAAAAGGUGGUCCAGCAUGCUCUCGAUAAAGCCAGGAGAGGCAGGACGUGUCUCGUGGUCGCGCACAGACUCUCCACAAUACAGAACGCAGAUUCCAUCGUGGUUCUGCACAACGGAAAAAUAAAGGAACAGGGAACUCAUGGAGAGCUCCUGAGAAAUCGAGACAUCUACUAUACAUUAGUCAAUGCGCAAUCAGUGCAGUGA